AUGCAAAUGAGGCGCUAUAAGGGCGGCGGCGGGCGGCGGGCGCGGCGGCGCGGGGCUCUGGGCGCGGCGCGCGCGGCGCUCGGUCAUGGCUCCGCCCCCGGCGGACGGCGGCGGCGCGGCGCGGGCGCGGCGGGCGCGGGGUGCGCGGGGCCGGCGCAGCCCGCGCAGGCCCGGAAGCCGCUGGUGGAGAAGCGGCGGCGCGCGCGCAUCAACGCGAGCCUGCGGGAGCUGCGGCAGCUGCUGGCGGGCGCGCAGGUGCAGGCCAGGCUGGAGAACGCCGAGGUGCUGGAGCUGACGGUGCGGCGCGUGCAGGGCGCGCUGCGGGGCCGGGCGCGCGAGCGGGAGCAGCUGCGCGCCGAGGCCAGCGAGCGCUUCGCCGCCGGCUACAUCCAGUGCAUGCACGAGGUGCACACGUUCGUGUCCACGUGCCAGGCCAUCGACGCCACCGUCGCCGCGCAGCUCCUCAACCACCUGCUGGAGUCCAUGCCCCUGCGCGAGGGCAGCAGCUUCCGCGACCUGCUGGGGGACGCCCUGGCCGGACCCGUGGGAGGGGCCCCGGGCCGGAGCGGCUGGCCCCCGGGCGGGGCCCUGGGGUCCCCGCUGCCCAGCCCCCGGGGCCCCAGCGAUGACCUGUGCUCCGACCUGGAGGAGGCCCCGGAGGCCGAACUGAGCCGGGGCCCCGCCGAGGGCCUGGACUCGACGCCCGCCGCCCUGGGCAGCCUGACCACGGCCCGCCUGGCCCACCAGGGCGUCUGGAGGCCGUGGUGA